AUGGCCAUGGACAUCGGAGAAAGGGAAUGUUCACCAAGAGUUCUGCAAGUGGGCCAAGAUGAUGGAGAAACAUCAUUCGGCAACCUGGAAGAAAGCCGUAUGGCUGUUAUUCUUGUGGUUUUAUAUAUACUUUCCUCAACUAAGGGUAGCAGGGAUCAAACCAGUGGGGGUCAGUCAUUGGGCCUUAGUGUGACCCAUAUUGGUGUAGCUAGAUAUGAUAGCAAGUGGGUAGCCAAAGUAUUAUGGGAAUCUGCACCUGAUUUACUUGUGAUUUUGAACGAAAUGUCACAUAAGCACUGGCUCCCCACCUUUGGUGCACAUACACAAGUUGAAGCUGAGUCUGGGGAAUGGAAUGAUGAUAGUGCCUCUAGUCUAGCAAACGUAUGGAGGAGGGAAGUCUGUGUGUCAGUGAGAAUAGGGCAGAGUUCUGUGGCUACCGGGAGUAAGAAGAGUCACAAAAGGAAGAAAGCAGCAGGACCAUCGCAACCAAUGAAACGGCAGACAUCGGCUCGACUGACAGGAACCAAGAGAACAGCUACCAGUAGUUCCAUGAAGCCUGAAAUGGUAGACUUUUUCGCUGAAGACCCAUACGCAAGUCAGCAUAAAGAAGUGUUAGAGUCUGUAGAUGGAGAUGCUGCUAGCAGCACGGAGCAACAUUUGUCUUCGCCGCAACAACGACAACCAGAUUCCAGAACAUCACAAAGAAGUGCCAAGCAAACCGUUGUCACUCCAGCGAUCCCAACAAUUGAGGAGUUACAAAAGCGUUUGUUCCACAAGAUGGAGGAAACAACUGCAGAAGUCAAGACCAGUGGCAAAGCAAAACAGUCUGUUGGAGCUGCGUUGAGAGAACUGCAAGGGCUGUCGAAGAUUAGUGCAGAAAAAAUUCAUGCCAUGUACCACCAGUCACUGAAUUGGGCAUUGGAGACCAUUAAGGGAAGUGACUUGCCAGAACCGAUCAAAGUGACAGUUGCCCUGUUUUUAGCCAACUUUGAGCAAAGAAAGAUUAGUUGUGAAAUCUGUGUGAAGCAUGUGGAAGACUACAACCAUGCAGCCAUGGCACAUCUAGAAGCUGAAAAGACGGCAAAAACUCUAGUAGAACAUGCAGCAGCAGCUGCAGCUCAAGCAAGAGAACUGGCGGCAAAACAGGUGGCAUUGGAAGCUGACCUGAAAAACGUCUGGGAACAACGCCAAGAAGCUGACCUGUUGUACCAAAAAAUGGCGCAACAAUGCGCAGAUGCAAUCACCAUGCGUGAUGAACGUGCCCAGGACACCAAGGAAAAAUCUUUUCACUAUGAACAUGCCCAACUCAUUAUUGCAGAAGCCACCAAGAUGUGA